AUGACUGCUGUUGCCAGUGGUGAUGCUGUCGGUGCCGACGUCGAUGUUGAUGCUGAUGCUGAUGAUGAUAUUGUAUAUUCAAUAUUGUUAAACCUCUUUGGUCCGAUUAUAACGACCACUGUGACGGCGGCAAACGACUACGACAGCGACAGUAGUGAUGAUGAUUACGAAGAUGGCGAUGACAGCGACAACUACAAUGAAGAUGAUACUGAUGACAAUGAGGGUGAUUAA